AUGGAGAGCCACGGCUUGGACGGAAGCAGGACGGUGGUUGUGUCCGGGGUCCCGGACGUGUUACCCACCGGCAGAAUAAUCGACAAGCUGACCAUCCACUUCCAGAGCGGCCGGAGGAGCCACGGAGGGGACGUGGAGCUGGUCACAUACCCCACCAACAUGGACGGGGUCGCUUUUGUCACCUUUUUCCAACCUAAAGUCCUGAUCUGCAUCACCUCGGGGAUCUUGGAUGACAGACCAGUGCUAACUCUUUCAGAUGCAGAGACGGUGUUGAGGAAGGAGGAGCAGAUGAUGAUCGACCACGAGUUUGCUGAGGACUACCGUCUCACCGUGUUUCCCUUCAGCACGGAUAGCGACCAGGCCCGUCUGAUCGAGCGUCUGCGGUCGACCCACAGAUCGAUACGCUUCCGGUCCGGACCCGAUCAGAGGAAGGUUUCCAUCGAGGGUCCUUUCUCUGCUGUCAGAUCUCUGAGACGGGACCUCAUCCAAAGAGCCAGUCGGCUUAAGCUCUCAGCCCAAGCUGCUGCCAUCCAGCCCAGACCAGCCUCUCCUUUUCCAGACGCUAAGCAGGAAGCAGCAAGCUUCGACGGGCUUUCAGAGGAGGAUCCCAGACUCUGUUUGGAAGCUGGUGAUGGGGAGAAAGAAGAGGAAAUGUCCACAAAGUACCGAUCAGAGCGAAGACAGGUGGUCGGGGCCGAGGGCCGUUCAGCCUUUUCUGGUCUUAAAAUGCCCCCGGAGGACCAACGAGAAAGAACAACUUCUCUAGAACAAUCCAGUGGCUUUGGGGGGAUUUCAGCCUCCAGACCCACAGAGGAGAAUCGUCUGGGUUCACUUACCAGAGAGCCCCCUCAAUCUGGGAUAAAGGAAGAGUCUCCCUACUCUGAGAAACACUCAGAGGACAUAUGGGUGGACUCAUACACGUUCAGAUACAUUGAAAAGUUCCACCGACAGGAGAUGGAGAAAUGCCUGGUCGGGGUAGACGUGGCCAUAAAGAGCCCAGAGGGACGGGAUCUGGUUGGGAUUUCUCUUAGUGAGCAGAUUCCCUCCAGGCCGGGUUCAGGGCUCCUCCAGGCCGCUUUGGAAAGCCUCAACGUCUUAUUCCAGGUCAUGCUGUCCAGUCUGAGAGUUCACGAGAUGUUUUACAGCAAAGCCGAGCAGCAGCAGCUGGCCCGGGUUUGCAGAGAGCAGAGCGCCCUGUUCACAGACGUUUUGGUCCAGUUCGAGGAAUCCUGCGUCAAAUUCAUCGGCCCAAUCAUCAAAGCGGGCGUCUGCGCUCCAAAGCCCAGAUCAAAGGCAUUCCCCACAUACCGCGCCCGCCAUAUUACAGGACCUCCACAUCUGUACGGCAUUAUGGGCUUUAUGGGAGUGUUAUAA